UUUCCUGAAAACGCCCCGUGUAAGGGCGAGAACGAAAACUCGAGUGACUCUGAAUAAUAAUAAUAAGAAGGCGGCGUUGUUUAUCCAAAGGAGAGGGGUUGGACAUCGGUACCAGACUUCUGUGCCAAGCAUUUUUCCAUUUACUCCCCUCUCAGUAAACCUACCAGCACUACCCAGUGUACCCUCACUGCGCUACCGACCAAGGUCAGCAACAGUGACCGCCAACGGGAGCUGUCAAUGCGGCAGCAGCCCUCCGCGGGCCCCGGCAGGUCUAUAACUUGGGAUUUAGAUCAUCAGGCUAAAUAAAGGACUGUCGCCUGUCGGAUGGAUGAAAGCGCCGGAGUGGAGGAGUGAACGAGCUGAAGAGAAGUUAGUCUAACUUAAAGGCUGUGAGAACUACCUGCGUGACACCAUGUUGAGAAACCCGGGGACCUAUGCGAACAAGAAAAGGAAGAAGCCCGCCCUCAAACAAAAGAAGGUCAGUGAGGGCAAUGCAGUGGUUAAAUCCAACCCGUCAAAGCGCCACCGGGAUCGGCUGAAUGGGGAGCUUGACAGGCUGAUGGACCUCCUGCCGUUUCCUGAGGAGGUGCGCUCUCGCCUGGACAAACUGUCGGUCCUCCGUCUCAGCGUGGGAUAUCUGAGGGUCAAGAGCUUCUUCAAAGCCACCAUGAAGAACAGCAAAAGCAGCGUGAUGUUUCCUGGGUUGAACGGGCACAACAACAUGGACACUACAGCCUUCUCUGAAGGCGACCUGCUGCUCCAGGCUCUGAACGGGUUCGUCAUGGUGGUCACGUCAGCUGGGUUAGUGUUCUACGCCUCCCCCACAAUCAAGGACUACCUGGGUUUCCACCAGUCAGACGUGGUGCAUCAGAGUGUGUUUGAUCUCAUCCACACUGAUGAUCGGAGCACGUUCAGAGAGCAGCUCCACUUUGCUCUGAAUCCACCUGCUGCAGCCGAUGAGGAUGUCUUGCAGAGUUGUGGUAAUACAGUGAUGUACAAUCCGGAGCACCUGCCGCCGGAGAACUCUUCCUUCCUGGAGCGCAGCUUUGUGUGUCGCUUCCGCUGCCUGCUGGACAAUUCCUCUGGCUUUCUGGCUCUCAAGUUCCAGGGGCGACUGAAGUACCUCCACGGCCAGAGUCAGCUGAGGGACAACGGGGCAUGUCACAGACCUCAGCUGGCCCUGUUCACCAUCGCCAUGCCUGUGCAGCCUCCGUCCAUCGUGGAGAUCAGAGCUAAAAUGCUCCUGUUUCAAACCAAGCACAAGCUGGACUUCACUCCCACAGGGAUCGAUAGCAGGGGGAAGAUCGUGCUGGGCUAUUCCGAGAUUGAGCUGUGCAUGAAAGGCUCCGGAUACCAGUUUAUCCACGCGGCUGACAUGAUGCACUGUGCCGACAACCACAUCCGCAUGCUUAAAACAGGAGAGACUGGGCUGACUGUGUUCAGGCUCCUCAGCAAACCGGGCAGCUGGGUGUGGGUGAAGUCCAAUGCCAAGAUGAUCUACAAAGGAGGGAGACCUGAAUUUAUCAUUGCAUAUCAGAAAGCUAUAAGUAACGCUGAGGGUGAGGAGUAUCUGCGCCAAAGGAGCCUGCAGCUUCCCUUCAGCUUCACCAAAGGAGAGGCCACCCUCUAUAACACCGGCCCCACCAUGGACAUCCCGCAACAUCAGUCCAAUAAAAUGUUCGGCAACAAUGACAUGAAGAAGGAUGUGGUGCCUGGCUCUUUGCUGGACUGCUUCUUGAGACAGGAUGAAAGUCUUUACACCCAGACUGUGGAGACCCCACUACCUGUGGAUCAAGUGUUCAUGGACAGCAGGGCCCUGGUCAGCGUUGUCAGUGAUGCGUGGCAGGGGAAAGAGGCAACGGUCACAACAAGUGAGCCUGUUGUGGUGAAAGAGGAGGCCAAGCAGUCCGUCAUGGCUGUGAUCGGCAGCUUUGAAAAAAUGGCGCAGAGUGGGGAUUUUUAUUCAGCUUUGCAAACACUGGAGGUGGAUAAUGCCGAGCUCUUAGAGUGGGAAAAUGCUCUGAAGAGAUUAGGACAGGAGGAUUCGCAGAGUAAGGUCAGUUCUGAUCUGGACAGCAUUGUUGCCAGCGAUGUAUUUGACUACAUCGACAGCAUUUUGUUCAAGGAGAAAGCCGAGGAUUGUCUGGACACUGUCCCUCCCAGCUGCCUCACCGCCAUCAACAACCAUCAGCAGGAGCCCUUCACUCAGGCUGCCCACGUCUCAGCCUCUGAUCUCUGCGAGCCACAGUUAUUGCAGGCACCCAGCCCUGAUUGCACUUACUCUCCGGUGAACGACCUCUACAUUCACCAACAGGAUACGGUCACUGUAGCAGUGACAUCAGGGCAAAGCGCCCAGACGCUCUCUCACCAGGGUCCCCAGGCUGACCCCAGCCUGCCUUCUCUUCAGCAGCUCCAGCUCCAUGACAUCUUCAGCCCAUCUAUUGAGCUGCCUGGUCUCACUGUCCCUGACAUCUCAGCUGAUAGUGCUUUAGCUUCUUUUCAGUCCCAUGACCAAGCGUCUGUCACACAUACAGGCUUCCAUCAGGACAUUUCUGGUCACGUCCAGCAGUCCAACCAUCUUUUGCUACACCAAAACAGUUUGCAGGCACCUGUAAUGGCAGGAAGUUGUCACAUAAAGAGCUCUGUUCCACAACCAAACAGUUUACCACCCACUGUUAUGGACAGUCUGCCACCACUAAUUCCUUGCCAAGACUUUACUUCCUCUAAUGCACCUAAUAUUCCCUUUCAGUUUUCCUCACCUCGUCUGCAGGAAAGUCUUCCAUUUGAAAAGCACAACCUUCCUCUUCAGCAGUGGCCACAGAGCCAGCAGCAAAAGCUGCUUCAUGCUAGCAUGAUGCAAAAUGGACACAAGACCAUGCCAGUACUGCAGAGCCAAAAUUCACAAAACCAAACCUGUUCUAGUUUUUUCCCGAGGAAUGACACCAGACUGAAUAGCACACAGCAGGGAGGGCUGGCAGGUUACCAGGCAGCUGCACCCAGCAGCUGCAUGUUUUCUUCCAACCCAGCCGGACAAGACAUCCGGUCCAUCUCUGAGCCUUCAAGCCUCAAGGUGCCUGGCACGUCUUUGGAUCAGAGUCCUCCUCAAGGUUCCUGCUACUCCCAGUGGAACCACAGUGAGCCUGCGGUGGGCACAUCAGCCAUCAAUCAGCAGAAUGUCAGGUCUCUAAUUGUUCCUCCCAAUAUGCCUUCAGAGCACUCACACAGCAUUCAGCACUACCUAGAAAGCAACAAGCACAUACAGCAGAACGAUAUGAGCCCUGUGGAGAACAACAGAGCUUCCUUCACACUUUCUCUGAUGCAGCCACAUACCUGAUGGGAUGGAGCACGCCGCCGUGUUGCUGCUGGUGCUACAGUUGCUGGAGAAGGACAAACCCCAGCAUAUCUUUGCCUGUAUCAGUGCUUAUCCACACAUUCACACACUUACACUUAUUAUUGUGUUUUAUAUCCCUCUGUAUCAGAUACACUUUGUCCGGCCUCUGUUGUCUUUAAAAGCUGUUGCUUUAGUGAAGAUACACUAUGAUAACAAUGAAGUAUGAAGCCGCAAGUGCAUUUACUAUGGCGGAGCUCGAACCAGGUAGAAGGUGAAUACAAACAGCCAAAGAUGUUAUUUAGAAAGAAUAAUGAUGUUUAAGUAUGUUCAUUCUGAUAAAGUUGGGAUGAAUUUCAAAUUUAUUAUAAAAACAGCAUAAAUGUCAGUGAGCAGCAAAUGGACUGGACUGAUUCUUAUAUA